AUGGAUCAAACACGACGAUUUACGUCUAGCCAAUUCAGAUUGUCGAGACUCAAGGGCGAUACGACAAACCCGACCGGCCGGAUUUUCCCUCGACGAAUCAUUCCAUGGGAUGACUUCAAGGCGGGGCAAGAGGAGAUAUGGGAUCAACUGUCAAAUUCCUGCUCAUUCGCUUCGAGACCCGUGUUCCCAUCGCCGCAUCAAUUGGACUACGUCAUGUCUCUAAUCAGCCCGAUCAGCAGCGAGACUGACCUCCGGAACUUCCAGCGCGAUACUGUCGAGAACGCGGUUCAGAAGCUCGUCGAUGAGGCGUACAGCAACACGCGACUCAGAAGUGACAUCGGCUUGCAAGGGACCGUGACUUUCGAGAGCCGCACGAAUCUCGGACGGACAGACGGAGCCCUUUCUGAGGCUAUCGAUCAUAUAUCUACCGAAAGGAAUGAGACCGAUGCCGCGGCAAUAGCACCAAGACCACUAAAUCGCAAGUCCCGACGCAGAGCUAGAGGGAAGGGCAAUCGGGCAGAUCAGUUCUGCAUUUACCGCACCUCAGAUGGCCGAAAUAUUCCGGCCGUGGACGGUGAGGGGUUUGCGUUUGCAUCGAGAUCGCUCGUUGCCGCUGUUUAUCGAUAUGUGUGCACAGGAGAGGCAAUCGUCUUCUUAAACAUUCCGGACGACCCUACCAUCAUAUACUAUUCUUUGCGCGUGCCUAACCUGGACUUUCUUGAUGAUGACGAGAACGAGCUCCAUGGCACAGCUGUCGCGCAGGCCCUACGUGCUGAACCGCCUCUCUUGUCUUGCCACGACGCUGCUGUGAUUCUUGACACCUGGGCUGAGAUGCGUAAGGACAAGGAAGCGCGCCCCUCUCCAUACAAGUCCCAAGGCGAGCGAGGAUUCCAGCGCUCGCCGAUUUGGACACAGUCGGCCAGAGAAGAGGCGCAACAAAGCAGGGGAGGCCGACAGCAUAGCCAAGGCACUCACCAAAAUAUUAAAGGCCGUCCAUCUUGCACUACGCAAUGCCUGUUUGGACUUGCGAACUUUCUUCGACUCGUCCGUACUCAACUCACCAAGGACCGUGGCCCUGACGCCGAUGUUGUGCCACGUCACCUGUCCGGCUCAAUUGGCUCACUCUUUAAGCUCAGGCUUUCCCGCUAUGGUUACACUCAUGUUGCCAAAGGCGUUGAGACACUCCAUUUGGCCCGCGUGUGCCAUGAGAACGAGGUGCACGAUCGACUUCGCCCAAUUCAGGGAAAACAUGUCCCUCUCUGCUUGGGACGAAUACAUGUGCUUGUCUUGUUCCUCAGUUGGGCUGGGACACCUCUAUUUGACUCGAUCAACAGAGCAAUCACCGCGAAUAUCGACGCGAUUGCCGAGACGUAUAAGAUAGUAGACAAGCUAGGGGUCAUUCAGGGCGACGCGAAGCUAUACAACGUCUUGCGUGACACAGCGAGUGGUUGUAUCAUGAUAGUGGAUUUCGAGCGGGCAGAGGUUAGCUGCCGCCCUCCGCUCGGCUUUCUUACAUGCCUCUAA